GCGCGCGCAUUGCGAUACAAGGCUUCACUUUACUACGAGACGACGCAAUCUAGACCUAUUUUGUCUACCUCUGUUCCAUUACUGAUCUGAAUCUGGCGAAUACGGGAACUCAAGUAAUAAAAUAGUAAUGGAAAUCAGGCUUACGAAAGGAAAGUGCGAAUACAGACGUAAAUAUUUAAAUGUAGCGAGAUACGGAAAUAUAAUAUAGGACAGUGACUGCAUGAGAAGGCAUUGUACUCGAAUAACAACACAUGCAUUUCUGUAAAAUCGAUUCGGACACAGCAAAUGCGAAAUGCGAACGAAAUAACUGUAAGCGAUUCGCGGGACAAACGAAUUCGACAAAUUAAAAUACGCGUCAUGGAUACAUAAAGUUUAAAAUCAAAACUUAAAAACUGAUCGCGUUUAUUUUGUAAGAGAAAACAAGCUUAAAUACGUCGCAUAAAAUUGAAAAAGAAAACACAGAAGGUCCAGUCAUCUGGACUACAGGGCUGAACUGUGCCUGUAAUGGAGAAAAGUGAACGCUUUUCAGAGUAUCUGUUCGUGAAGAUGGGCCCAGGAGAUAGGGGCCCGAAGACUACGGAAGACCGGACGGCUGCCGUUGAUCAUACCGGCGUGAAAAAAUGGUUUAUAGACAACACUCUUCUAGUGAUCACUUUGGCUGGCGUGAUGAUUGGCAUUUCAGUUGGAUUUGGUCUUCGUCCCUAUCAUCUAGGUCCAGAUGCACUAAUGAUAAUAUCCUAUCCAGGAGAAUUAUUUAUGAGGCUGUUGAAGCUUAUGAUUUUACCUCUGAUAAUAGCUAGCCUUAUUGCUGGCUCAGCAAGUCUAAAUGCUCGAAUGAGUGGAAAGAUCGCGGUGAGGACUCUGCUGUAUUUUAUACUCACUUCCAUGUUCAAUGCAUUCCUUGGAAUUCUGCUGGCGAUGCUGAUCCAUCCCGGACAGCCUGAUUUAAGAGAAGAUUCUAUUGCUGCUUUUGAAAAUAAAAGGGAUCAUAGUAUUCUAGACAGUCUUUUAGAUAUUGGAAGAAACAUAUUUCCGGAUAACAUUGUUCAAGCUGCAUUCCAACAAGCGCAUACCGUGUAUACCGAACCUAAAACAAUCUUUCCCAAAAGUGCAAAUGAUAGUGGCAACUACCGAAUAUUAGUUAGAGACAUCAGAUACAGAGCAGGAACUAAUACUUUGGGCCUGGUGUUCUUUUGCCUCGUCUUUGGAAGUUUGUUGGGUACUUUGGGACCUAAGGGUAAAGUUGUGAUUGAUUUCUUCCAAGCGAUCUUUGAAGUGAUUAUGAAGAUGGUCACAGGAGUGAUGUGGUUUACUCCUAUCGGAGUUAGCAGUGUUAUUGCUGGGAAGAUUCUGGGAGUUAACAAUGUUGCACAAGUAAUGUCUCAGCUGGCAUGGUUCAUUGCUACAGUUACAGUUGGAGUAUUUCUCUACCAACUAAUAGUGAUGCAAUUGAUAUACUUCCUAUUCCUAAGACGAAACCCAUACAAGUUCUACUGGGGAUUAUCACAGGCCAUGUUGACUGCAUCCGCUACGGCUUCAACAGCUGCAGCUCUCCCUGUGACCUUCCGCGCCAUGGAGGGUCCCCUACGCAUCGACCCUCGCAUCACUCGUUUCGUGCUGCCCAUCGGCUGCAACAUCAACAUGGAUGGCACAGCCUUGUUCCUGUCCGUCGCGAGCGUCUUUGUCUGUCAGAUGAACAGCAUGCGGCUCGGUUUUGCGCAGUUAACUGCUAUAUUUUUGACGUCAACAGCAGCAUCAGUGUCAUCAGCAUCGGUUCCUUCAGCAGCGAUGGUUUUACUGUUAGUAGUCCUCGCAGCUGUUGACGCUCCCACACAUGACGUAUCGCUACUAUUUGCAGUGGAUUGGCUUGUCGAUCGUAUACGAACAACUAACAAUAUGUUGGGCGACUGCUACGCGGCGGCGGUCGUGGAACACAUGUCCAAGAAUGAGCUGAUGGCAUGUGACGCUGCUUCAAUGGAGCCGUCACUUCCCAAUGGCUUACCGACAUCAAACACAGAAGUGGAAAUAGGUAUUAUAACGCCUGGCAAGAAGUCAAUAGCCUCUGAUGACGUCAUUGUUGAUAUGCAUUUACAUAACAACACUAAUAGAAUAUAAUCACCCAACUGUAUUGUAAAACUUUUCAUUGAUUCAAACUUUACACUGAUCAAAUGAAAUUUAUGUAAAAUGUAAACAAAUAACGUUAAAAUUAUUAACAACAAAACUUUUAUAGAAUAAAAGUAUCUUAAACAUUUUAAUUAUAACAUUUAUUGGAAAGCAAUACAAUUUUAAGAGAGCACUCAAUUUUGUACUACGUUAUUAUAUUUGUAGAAAGUCUUUUGUUUACACUCUGUAUAAAUUCACUCGAAAGUGAGUAUAUUUAGACUGUGCCAUAAUCAAUAUCAAUAUACCUUAUUAGAUUUAGAUGAAACUUUAUUGGGAUCGGUUGGUACCAAUUUUUCUAUAGCAAUAGCUGUAUUUGAUAAAAGUAGAGUUGGAUCAUUAAUUGACGAUAUUAUUUUCAUUAAUUCCAUUUCUAUUAAAUUAUUGAAGGUUCCUUUUUAUUUUAGUAUUUCAAUGGCUGUUAUCCUUUCAUUUUUUUAAAUGAACUUCGUUCAUUACGUAUUAUUGAUGUAUAGCAUUUGUAGAUUAAGUCUAUGUUUAUAUUUAAAGUAAAUAGAUUUUAUUUUAGAUAGUUUUACAUUUGUAUCGGCAUCGUAGUUAACUUAAACUUACUUCAUUGAUACAUUUAUUAGUCUUUCAUUAAUAUCAUCAAAAUUGUAACCGUUCACUUAUCAUGUUCAUGAAAAUUUCAAUUUUCAUUCAAAAUUUAAUAUUUUACAAUUGGUGCUAAAUUUUUGGACUCAUUUGCUGUCAUAUUAAUCCCCGUUUAAUAUUAAUUGUAUUAACGUAACUCAUUUAUAAGUAGAAUUAGAUCCAACUGUGAUAUGUGGUUCAUUAUUAUAUAUACGUUUUCACUGUCUCUUCAUAUCGGGACGUUAGUAUUAAAUAUAGUUGUAAUCUCUAUAAGUAUAUCAUAUGGGAGCUCUGAUUAUUAUCAUAGAAAUAAAACUGAUAACCAAUUUUACAA